CAUUUUAGCGCUGUGGCGGGAAGAAAUCAGAAAUUUUCACCCAAAUCAACACAAGCUUUACAUAAUCCAAUCCUCGUACAAACCCUAAAUUCCAUCAAAUCAAAUGCCCUUCCUGGACGAGUUUCAAGCUAUCUGGGCCAAUUGCUCUCGUGUAGAUUUGGAAUCACUCCCCAACAUUCUGCACAAGAAGUAUUCUUUAUUGUGUGACCUAGAUAAAAGCUUACAAGAAAUUCAAAGACAAAAUGAAAAACGCUGUGAACAAGAGAUAGACGACAUUAAACAGGAAAUUAGGGCUAGAAAUAUUGCACCAGAUACUUCACUUGUUAGAUUCUCUGAUGAUGCUCUUGAGGAGCAAAAGCAUACCGUCAGGAUUGCAGAUGAAAAAGUUACCCUGGCAGUUCAAGCAUAUGAUUUGGUUGAUGCACAUAUACAACAACUAGAUCAAUAUCUGAAAAACUUUGAUGAAGAGCUUCGACUUGAAAAAGAUACUGUUGCUACAACUGUAUCUCCUGCACCGAGUCUUGAUGGUGGCACUAAAUCUGGAAGGAGUGGUGGUGGUAGAGGACGUAAAAAAACACGCCGGGAAACAGCAACUGCCACUGCAGCAGCAGUUGCAAACCCCACUGGUUUGGAGUUAGAUUUACCUGUGGAUCCAAAUGAACCUACAUAUUGUUUCUGCAACCAAGUCAGUUAUGGGGAGAUGGUUGCAUGUGAUAAUGCUGAUUGCAAGAUAGAAUGGUUCCACUUCGGCUGUGUUGGUUUGAAAGAACAACCAAAAGGGAAAUGGUACUGUUCAGUUUGUGCAGCUUUGAAAAAUCAUCGCAGAGGCAGAUGAUGUCGAGGAAACCAUGCUAUAUGCUGUUGUACACCCAUGAUGUGGAAGUAAAUGUAUUACAAAUGUUAGGCUUCUUUCUUAGGCAAAUAUUUCAAAAUUCAAGAUUCUUUUCUUUGGUUGAUACAUUAUUUGGCUCUAAGAUAUCUCAAUAUAAAUCUAAAAAUAAAUAUGUAUUUGUUACUUAUAGAAUGAUAUUUCACCAAGUGUGAAAGCACUAAAUGAUGGGAGGCCAGUGAUUUAAUGCA